CAGGAAGCGGGCAGACAGACAUUUCCUUUCUAUGUAUUUUGACUCUGUGUGUGUGUGAGAGAGUGAGUGAGCGAGAGAGGGGCAGCGUGCUGGUGUUGAUAACAUAAGGGAGACCGGGUGCGUUUUGUAAAUAUUAAUUAAAAGCAAUAGUAUUGUUGUUGUUGUGGUACCCGUUUUCAGUUUGGAGCUGGGUGUGUUUUCUUUCGUUCGUGCUUCGUAGUUUCGGUAUUCUAUAACACUUGAAGAAAACAACAACAACAUCAUCAUGUCUUCUGGUUGUCAGAAAACAUUUAGCAGAGCUAUCCCGACCCGACGGGUUACUGUGGACGACGCGUCCAAGAUGCCGCAGGACUACUCCACCACGCCGGGAGGAACCCUGUUUAGUACCACCCCGGGAGGUACCCGGAUUAUUUACGAUCGUAAGUUCCUGAUGGAGUGUCGCAAUUCAGCCGUGGCCAGAACGCCACCCCGCUACCUUCCCAACAUUCCAGGGGUCACCAGCCCCAACACCGGGGAGGACAAGCCCCAAACCCCCAGCCACGAAACCAACCACGUGGACAAGACUGCUGCCGGUGACGACUCCCUGUUUGAGAUGGAUAUUUAAGAUGCACCCAGGAAGGGGAUCCGAAGGAAAGAGAGAGAAGAAGAAAGAGAAAGAGAACGAGGAGGAGGAGGAGAGGAGGACAAAUCUCUGGGGGGUUUUUAAAUGACCGCGCCCCCGUUUAGGCUUUGUAGACUGACCCGUGUUCGUUCCCCAAGUUUGUGGUUCAUUUUACUUCUACAGCUACUGAGAACAAAACUAGUGUUUUGGGUUGUGCCGGCACACGUGGAGAGGUGUUCGUUUGGCACAGAGCGGAGGCUGCAUGCUUCACUGUACAAUAACAAAGUGAGGUCACACUGGUGAGGAUGGCGUGAUGCCACGCAGGCUUGCUAUAGCAUGCCGUCCUCUCCAGUGUGAUGAGUUAGCGCAUGCUGUCACAUGCAUUGUCUUUAUGAUGCAACAUGUGGAACACAGAGGGGGAGGGGUUCUUUUUUUAUUAUAUUUUCUUUUUUGGAAGCGGAAUGUUGAUUAUGACAUCACAAUAGUAACCAAAGGCAACAUGAUAUCACGUAUGCAAAGCCCUUUCAUUUUCAGUUUUUUUUUUUUUUUUUUUAACAGGAUAAUAAUUUGUCUUGUUUAACUCGUUUCCUGAAAUUUAGACCAGUCAAGCAUGUUAAAAGGAUUGAUUUAUACCUAGAAAUAUGUGACUUGACAUUCGACAAAAGCAUUUACGCUAUCAAUACAGUUUUAGUGAGAGGCUCAGUUGUAAGCUACUUGACUUCGCUGGCCCUCACCAGCUCUGCUGGGAUCACACAGUUCUUACCAUUCACAGCUUUCACUAGUAAAUCUGUUUUAUUUUUAUGUUUUUAAUAGACAUAAUCCUGGGAAGUUUUAUUAAAAACCCAGAAACGAAGGGCCAUUCAUUAUUUUAUUUUGUAAUCUUUUGCAUAAAACAAGAACGAUUCGUCACUGUCCGGGUUAUAUAAAAUAUUGGAAAAGGAUGACAAAGAUAAAUAGUAAUUAUGCUAAUUGUUCAUCAUCUGUUGGUUAGGUCUGUUUCCCCACUUGUAUGCCUUUGGAAAUGAUGGAUUGCUGACCUCUCAGGACAUUCAAAUCUAAAGAAAUGUUUCCCUACAUGUAAUGAUGGGGGGGGGGGUUAAUAAAAAGACUACAAA